AUGUUAACGCAAAUGCUUUGGAUUGUGAUUUGUCUCUCUUCCUGUCAAUUAGUUAGUGGAGUGAUACGAAAUGAACUCUGGUGGAAUAUUGGUCUUCGACGUGAAAAUGAAAGUAUUUUAUCAUCAUAUACAUCGAUCAAUGCCGAUCAACAAUAUGAAAUUGAUGAUGAUCCAUCGCCAUACUGUCAAUCAACAUUGAAAAGCUUGACGACUGGACAAAAGCAAAUAUGUUUACUACACGCCGAUCAUAUGCCUGUGGUUAUUCAAGGUGCAAGUAAAGGAAUUGAAGAAUGUCAACAUCAGUUUCAAGAUCGUCAUUGGAAUUGUUCAACUGUACGAGAUGGAAGUGUCUUCGGACCUGUUCUUUAUCAUGCAAAUCGAGAAACUGCAUUUGCACAUGCAAUGCUUUCUGCAGGUGUGACUUAUGCUGUGAGUCGUGCUUGUAAGCAAGGUUUAUUAAAAUCAUGUUCGUGCAGUCGAUCAGCACGUCCGAAAAAUCUGCCACGUGAUUGGACAUGGGGAGGAUGUGGUGAUAAUAUUGACUAUGGUUAUCGAUUCGGUCGAGAUUUUGUUGAUACACCCGAGAAAGAAAUUGAUAAUAUGCGAAUUCUUACUCCAAUUACAUUCAUCAAUUCUAAUCAAACCGGAAUUGAUCGUAAAAAACGAAAACCGCUUCGUCGCGGAAGAAUUCGUCGACAAAUGAAUAUCCAUAACAAUGAAGUUGGACGACGCGCUGUUUACCGUCUGACGCGUGUUGUUUGCAAAUGCCAUGGUGUGAGUGGAUCUUGCAGUCUUCGAACAUGUUAUCAACAAUUACCAACGUUUCGUGAAAUCGGUGCAUUUCUAAAAGAAAAAUAUGAUAGUGCUGUUGAAGUACGUUACCAACGUCGCUUAGGACAACUACGUUCACGUGAUCGUCGUUUUGCCGGACCGACCAAAGAUGACUUAAUCUAUUUCGAGGAUUCGAAUUUCUGUGAGUACAAUCGACGGAUUGGGUCAUUCGGUACGAAGAAUCGUAAAUGUAAUCGUACCAGUCACGGACCCGACGGUUGCGCAACAAUGUGCUGUGGACGAGGUUAUAAUACCAUUCGAAAAUAUGUUCAAGAAAAGUGCAAUUGUAAAUUUAUUUGGUGCUGCUCUGUUCAAUGUCAAACAUGUCAGAAACUUGUGGAAAUUCAUGUAUGCAAAUAG